GGAAAAAGAUCGGAUAUCGAGAUGACAACCAAGACCAAAAGCCACAAGGCCAUGGGAGACGAGGAGUGGAUGUCAAGGCUGAGGGCCUUUGCCAGCACUGGAGUUUGGCCCCGAGGAGCCGGCAACAGGCCAGCGCCAAGGCAACAGAAGUGGCAUGACCUUUACCAAAAGCCUGCCACCCAGUCAUCUCCUCCCUCCACAUCAUCUGCAGCUUCAGCCUCUGCUCCUGAGGCCCGGACAUAUUUGCGUCCCCCUCUAAGUCUGUCCAUGUUCACAAAAUCCCACUAUGGUGGCUCAUUGUCAUCUGCAGUGCAGCCAAAUUUGGUGAAAAGAAGGACCCCCAGUCCUUCACCUGUGAGCACCCCCAGUCCUUCACCUGUGAGGACCUCCAGCCCUUCACUGUCUUCUCUGAGGACCCCCAGCGCUUCUGUGUCAUCUGUGAGGACACCCAGCCCUUCACUGUCUUCUCUGAGGACCCCCAGCGCUUCUGUGUCGUCUGUGAGGGCCCCCAGCCCUUCACUGUCUUCUCUGAGGGCCCCCAGCCCUUCUGUGUCAUCUGUGAGGACACCCAGCCCUGCACCAUCCCAGGGGAAGUUCCCAGUUUGGGAACAAAACCCUGUACAAGCUGACGCAUCUGGCGAACCGGGAGGACGUGCGUCAUCCCAUGCGGGAUCCUCAGCUUCAUUCUGGCUGCCGGGUGAGCUGAGCAAAACCAUUCCUCUGCAGGACCAGAGGUGGAUUGCCAACACCCUCUUUCACUCUGGGAAACUGCGGCCAGAUUUGAAGCUGUGGUAUGAGCCCCCUGUCCCAGCGCUCAUUUACCAUCAAACACCGACCCCAGAGCCUUUCUUCACCCAUCGCCUGAUGGUGUGGAUGCCCUACCACCUGUGGAAGGUGAAGAUCGCCUGCCCUACAUGUGGAAAGCAGUUGACAGGCGCUGGGGUCCACAAAAGGGCACGGAAGGUCCUGGACAUCGACCGGUACUACCUGCUGGUGACAGAGACACUCAGGUGCACUGUGUGUGUACAGAACCAUUUGUCCACCAGUCAGACUGUCCGGGACCAGCUGGACCUCCCUCACCAGCAAAUGUUCAGAUUAAUCCUGACCCGCAAGUACGCCUGUGACAUCCGUGUCAUCAGGCUGCUUCGGGACAGGACCCUGGGCAACAGUCCAGCGCGGCUGGUGAAGCAGCUAAGGGAGAACCAUGGGGAGGAGUGGCUCGACAGGCUGGUACACUAUCUGGGGGAGUGUGCUGAGUUUGUGGAUAAGCCAAGCCUCUUCCCGGUUGUCUGCCGGGAGCCCCCGGAGCCGAUGGACAUCCCCACCAGUCGCUGGCUGUUGGUCGUUUAUGGACGGGACAUCCUCUCAAGGUUGGACCACAUAAAGGCCAGAAUCACCUCCACGUUUGGGUCCAUCCUUAAGCUGGACUCCACCAAAAAGAUCACAAAGAAGCUGGCUGGCACCGGCAGGGGCACAGCUCUCUGGCUAACCUCCGUCAGCAACGAGGUUGGCCAGAUCCUGAACAGUGUCUUGACUGUGCAAGAGGGGUCGGGACUAAACAGGAUGGCGUCCGGCCUGAUGGAGCGGUACCGCCAGGCAUCUGUGUCACCCCCAGUUCUUAUGUAUGUGGACUGUGGAUGCUGUGUGGAAGAGGGGGCCAGCAAGCUGCAAGUGAGGUUUGGGGAGUGGCCAGACCUCCACAUUCGUCUGGAUAUCUGGCACUUUAUGAGGAGGCUGGCUGUGGGCUGCACCACCGAUGCCCAUCCCCUCUACCCUACCUUCAUGGGCUGCCUCUCCGCCUGCAUCUUUGAGUGGGAUGCUGGGGAUCUUGCUCUUUUGAGGCAGGCGAAGAGAGAACAGCUCAGACUGGAGGGUGUGCCUGGCAUCACUGAUCUCCUGACGGAGGACACGGGGUGA